AAAUUUUUGGUAUCAAUAGGGAUAUACCAUUCAAAAUAGUUCAUUUUUAAUUAGUUAAUCGCGUAGCGACGAACUCUAAAUAUAAGAAGCAAUAAAAAUGUCCAGUUUGGAUGAUUUUUUUGCCAAGAAGGAUAAAAAGAAGUCCAAAACAAAACCAAACUACUUGGCUGCCGACGAGUUGUACCGCACCCUGGAGGAGGCGACCAAAGUGCCUGAAGUCAAUGGCAAGACACGGGCAAACGACACUCAAAUGAGUUUCUCUGGGUCUGGCACCAAUAGCAUCUCCACAACAACCUCCGAUGCCUCCACUCUGGAGUUUAAAAUACGUUUUUCUAAUGAUGCCAACGAUGAGGAGGACGAGUGGUGCGAUUUCACUGAAGAGAAUCGAAAGCACUUUACCAGUGUGUCCCGAUCAGGGAUGAUGGCACUCACUGCUAGCGGAGGUGCUGGCGGUCCGGCCACUGAUAAUGCUGGCGAAAGACAGGAUGGCGAGUUGAGCGGCGAUCUAGCGAUCGACAACAGCAACAAUUGCAUGGGAAAUUCAGCUUCUGGUGGAGAUGGUGUGCUGGUGGGCCUUGAGGAUGCCAGUAUUUGUCCCUGGCAAAAAUUGGAAAUCACUGAGCAACCAUCAACAGUAGCAACGGUCAUGCCGCCACCGCCAUCGCAAGCUCAUUCCAAGCCGGAGGUCAAGAAGCAAGUCUAUGUGCCACCGGCUCUACGGAAUAGCCAGGGCGAUUGUGCCGCCGCCGCAUCCGGCAAGAAAAAGCCACCACCCUCAUCGCUGAACCAACCAAUGAAGCCAAUGACAAAGCUGGCCAAAGGAGAGGCCCCCGAUCUCAACAGCGCCGAGUUCUUCCCCUCACUGAGCGCUGCACACUCCUCGAAGCGCGCCAAGUAGUGAAUGAAGUAUAUCUAGUUUUCAUCGCUACCUCGCAGGCCCCCUUGGAAUAUAUAAUUACCCCGUAAAUUAUUUUCAUAGUAUUCAUUCAGCGCCAAAUUUGUAAUCCCCCUAAAACAAUUCAUAUGCGUUUAGAGCAACAGCGUAGCGUGAAGAGCAUGAUUGUCAGUGAGCCUUAAAUAAAACACACAGAAC